GGCUCCGCUACCUUGAGUAUGGCUUAUGCUGGAGUUCGCUUCGUCACCUCUUUGCUGGAGGCAAUGAGUGGAAGGCAAGGCGUUGUUGAAUGUGCUUUCGUACAAUCUGAUGUUACAGAAUGUGAAUUCUUUGCAACUCCUCUUCUCCUUGGUGCUUCUGGAGUUGAACGUACCAUGGGUUUGGGAAAAUUAAAUGAAUUCGAAAUUGAUCUUCUAAAGAAGGCAAUUCCCGAGCUGAAAGCAAAUAUCAAAAAGGGCAAAGAAUUUGCGGCUUCUUGUACUAAUUAA